AUGUCAACCAAAUUAUAUGCAUAUAAUUCAGAUAGUCCAAAUAGUUCAUCGCCUUACGAAGUUGAUUUUAAACCAGGUGUUUACAUUUUUGAAUUAUGGGGAGGAUCUGGCAACAGAAAUUCGACAGGCGGGUACGUCAAAGGUGAAAUAACAUUCUAUAAUGAUAUUAAACUAUACUUGCACGUUGGAUCAAAGUAUUACUCAUAUGCCGGCUUACCAGCUUACGGAGGUGGAGGCCCAGGGCAAUUCUCUGGAGGAGGGUCCUCCGACAUAAGGCUUAAAAGCGGUGAUUUCGGUGAUUUUGAGGGAUUAAAGAGUCGAAUUAUUGUUGCUGCUGGGGCAGGUUCUGCAGAUUCAGAUAAGAAUCAUUUAAUUGAUUAUGGUGGUGCUGGUAGCGGUUUGCAAGGCUACGAUUCUUUAUAUCAUUACGGUCUUGGUGCAAAUCAAACUGCAGGCGGCCAAGGAAAAGGUUUACAUGGAAGAUUUGGUUUCGGAGCUGGUGACAGAAAUAGAACUUUUAUAAAUAAUAUCGAUGGAAAUGGCGGUGGAGGAGGUGGUUAUUUUGGAGGCGGAAACUCCAAUAAAACGGGAAACUAUGGAGGCGGUGGGGGAAGCUCUUUCAUAAGUGGCCACAAAGGUUGUAUCGCCGUUCUGGAAAAUUUCUCUGAAAACGAAAAUGAGUUUUCCCAAGCUUAUGAUCCUUCGAUCCAUUUCAGUGGUUAUCAGUUUAUAAAGACUGUUAUGAUAGAUGGCAUGAAUGAGAUGCCUGAUCCGACUGGAGGAACUGAAAAAGGACAUAUCGGAGAUGGAUUCAUUAGAAUUACUAGCUUACAUAUAUUCGAAUGCCAUUCAAUCGAGCUAAUAUACGGAAAUGUAUGCUUUUCAUCUUUAAUUCCUUUCAUGUUCAGUAAGCCAUAA